AAAAAAAAGACUCUGAUUCGUAAGAUUUUGAGGAAAAGAAAAUUAAUUCUUAAUGCACUGAGGCCAGAGUCAGAUGUAUCUGGACCUUCGCGUCCCUUCAAUGAUCCAACAGGAAGGCAUCAGGGAGCCUUAUCUGACACAGUUUAUUUUGAUUUCACCAAGAUUCAAGUUUUUUGGUUUGCUGAGGAGUCUUUCCAAGUAGAUGGAGAAGGUAAGGACACUGUUGAUGAUGAGGAGGAUGACAACAAGAAUACCAACAAGGAAGUUAGUCAUCGACUAGCCAAAAUUGAUCCCUUUAUCUUUGGUCCUUGUCUUGAUCAGGUUCAGUCGAGGUCAAUCGGGAACCGGGUUGCUCUGAUGGUUGAUGGCUGCCAAAAUCAAUGUUUGUAUGUCAAUCAGAGUUUUGAGAAGAUGACCAUUGUUAGUAUCAAGCAUGAUACUGGUCAUGCCUAUGCUAAGAUGCGCCUUCUCAUAAUAUUUUGA